AUGAAGGAGUCAAAAUUUAAGGGUUUAUGCAUGUAUUCCUCUUUCUCUAUUCCACCAUUCAAUUUGGGUUUGUUCCAUCGUCUCUGUAUGAAAGUCGACAGCAUAAUUGGUCGGAAAGGUGAAGUCAUCAAGAAGAUGUGCGAGGAAACCAGCGCCCGUAUCCGCGUUCUUGAUUGUGCUGUUGGGACUCCCGAUUGUAUUAUGAUAAUAUCUGGAAAAGAAGAACCAGAGGCACCUCUUUCCCCUGCAAUGGAUGCUACUAUAAGAGUUUUCAAACGUGUACAUGGAUUGCAGGAAAAUGAUGCUGAUGCUAAAGCAGCUGGAGCUACAUUUUGUUCUAUCCGGUUGUUGGCGGCAUCUACUCAAGCAAUCAGUUUAAUUGGAAAGCAAUGCUCCUUGAUCAAGUCAUUAUACGAGAGCACUGGUGCAUCUGUCAGGGGAUUCUGUAAAGUUUAUGGUGAACAUGGUACUGUUUUUGCCGAGGAAACUCCACCUUAUGUGGUAGCAGAUGAGAGGAUUGUGGAGUUGCAGGGGGAAGCCCUGAAGGUUCUUAAAGCUCCUGAAGCUGUGGUGGGGCACCUGAGGAAAUUUUUGGUUGAUCAAAUUGUUCUUCCUCUCUUUGAAAAGACACACAAUGCGGUAGUCACUCAAGAGCUUCAAGCAGAGACAAGGGAUGAAAGGUCAUCUCUACAUACUGUUUCUCAAGGUGGAAUUGGAGUCGAUCUUCCUCUUACUGCGAGGAGAGACUUUUUGUUCCUUGAACAUGAAAAACAAUUUGAGUCACAAAUCCCAUCUUCUGGAAUUCCAUUCUAUGGACAGGAUCUUCCACAUUCGAUAGUACAUUCUAGUUCAGGGCUUCAUCGAUCUGCUGUUCCUAUAGUUACUCAGGAGUUCAUAAGCAUUCAGCAAGAUCCAAUUAGAAGGAGAAACUAUAGAGACACGAGUUAUAGGUCCCCUUUUUCGCAGUUGGGCAGCAACAUUUCUUCGCUUUCAUCCCAAACCUACGGCGGAUACGGAGGAUCUUCUAGUGUAAGUGGCUACUCUACUUUUAGGCUUUAA